CUCGUCACUCACAUCAGUACAUCCUCGGUCCCGAGGCAUUGACCUUGUCGCUUUUACAAGAGCUAAAAAAUUCACCAUUUAAUUAUUUUCUAGUCGUCCUUCGGCCGCCGCACGCAAUGUUCGCUCCCUCCAUUUCUCGAGCUGUUGCUCGUAGCUCGGCCAUGCCGAUGCCUGCCAUUCGCUCUUACCGCACUAUCUCUAGCCCCAUGACCUGCGUCAAUGCCCGUCCCCAGGCUGAGAAGAAGUCUAUCGCUGCCCAGCAGACCCGCGCGGCCUCAGAGCACGCCAUUGCCAAUCCCACACUUGCCGGCAUCGAGAAGCGCUGGGAGGCUCUGCCUCCUCAGGAGCAGGCCGACCUGUGGAUGCAGCUGCGCGACCGCAUGAAGGUUGACUGGCAUCAAAUGACUCUACAGGAGAAAAAGGCUGCCUACUGGAUCGCUUUCGGACCCCACGGCCCUCGCUCUCAGCCCCCCAAGGGUGAGAACCUUAGGAUCUUUUUCAAGGUCGCCCAGCUCUGCGUUGUCUCUGUCGGCCUGUUCUACUUCAUCCACCUCUUCGCUAAGCCUCUGCCCAAGACCAUGAGCAAGGAAUGGCAGGAGGCCACCAACGAGUACGCUCUGCGCGAGAAGAUCAACCCCAUCUACGGUGUCAGCAGCCAGGGCUACGAGGGCAAGGGAUUCGUUCAGAGCCCUCCUGCCGACAAGUCAUAAAUUGAUGUAUAGAAUUUGGGAGAGUCAGGUAUCGCAAUCGGACAUAUCUGGUAGGCCGCGGUGGAUUCUAGCGCCUAUCUCCCAAUACUCCCUGGCAAUGCCGGCUGAGCCGAUUGUUCGUGGACACGACCUUUCGCCAGUGUCUCACUUGCUUUGUCGACCUCAGCCGAAAACUACCUGUGUAUCUCGUACUGUGCCAUAUCCAAUGUAUCUCCUUUGUAGCCAUAGAUCAGUGUGCGUUACUUUGCUUUUCCUGUAUUGUUCUAUAUUAAAGUUUUACCGACGCACAAGCAGUCUCAAAUA